AUGAGAGUCUUGCCGGGAUAUCUCAACGAUGAUGCAGGAAAUGUUUUAUAUCCGAACGAAAUAAGCGAAAUAUGGGAUAAGGAUGGAGUUUACAUCGGUAGCUAUACGGUCAAUUUUGGUCCACAACAUCCAGCUGCUCACGGCGUAUUACGUCUUGUCAUGGAAUUAAACGGAGAGACUGUAAAACGUUGCGAUCCACAUAUUGGUUUGUUACAUCGUGGAACAGAGAAAUUAUGCGAAUACAAAACAUACCUUCAGGCUUUACCUUAUUUUGAUCGUUUGGACUAUGUAUCCAUGAUGUGUAAUGAACAAUGCUACUCCUUAGCCGUAGAGAAGUUACUAAAUAUUCAAAUUCCAGAAAGAGCAAAGUUUAUUAGAGUCUUAUUUGCCGAAAUUAGUCGACUAUUAAAUCACAUUAUGGCUGUUACCACUCAUGCGUUGGAUGUUGGUGCUAUGACGCCUUUCUUCUGGAUGUUUGAAGAGCGUGAAAAGAUGAUGGAAUUCUAUGAGCGCGUCUCUGGAGCUAGAUUGCACGCUGCUUAUGUAAGACCUGGUGGAGUUGCACAGGACUUACCGUUAGGGCUGAUGGAUGACAUUUAUAGUUUCUGUAAGAAUUUUUCGCAACGAAUUGAUGAAUUGGAAGAGAUGUUAACAAACAAUCGCAUCUGGAGGGAUAGAACCGUCGAUAUUGGGAUAGUCACAGCUCGAGAGGCUCUUGAUAAUAGUUUCAGCGGUGUUAUGCUACGAGGUUCUGGAAUUAAAUGGGAUCUUCGAAAGGUGCAGCCAUACGAUGCUUACGAUAAAGUUGAAUUCGAUAUUCCAAUCGGUACUAAUGGCGAUUGCUAUGAUAGAUACUUAUGUAGAGUGGAGGAAAUGAGACAGAGCUUACGUAUUAUUAUGCAGUGUUUGAACCAAAUGCCUGAAGGAGAAGUUAGAGUAGAUGACGCUAAAAUAUCACCUCCACGACGGGCAGAAAUGAAGGAUUCAAUGGAAUCUCUGAUCCAUCACUUUAAACUAUUUACUGAGGGUUACAAUGUUCCACCUGGGGCCACAUACACUGCGACAGAAUCACCAAAAGGUGAACUUGCCGUGUACGUUGUAUCAGAUGGAAGUAGUAAACCGUACCGCGUGCGCAUCAGAGCCCCUGGAUUUGCUCACUUGGCUGCAGUUGACAAAGUCGCCAGAAAUCAUUUCUUAGCCGAUGUCGUAGCUAUCCUUGGUACUAUGGAUGUUGUAUUUGGAGAAGUUGAUCGCUAA